UUUAUUUUCUUGAAAAAAUCUCUAAAAUCAUCAACCUGAAUGACCCGAUUUCCACCUUAAUUACAAUCCAAUCUAAAUGACUCGAUUUCUACCUUAAUACAACCCGAUCUAAAUGAUCCGAUUUCCACUACUCAUCAAAGUGUUGAGUGUUGACCCCACACUUGCUCAAUCCUCCAUUCUUUCUCUCUCAACCCCAUUGUCUCCUUCCUUAAACCCCGAAAAUGGCGGUCCAAAGGAGUAAAACCAUCUUGCUAUUACUCCUCUUAGUCACCCUCUUAGAUCUAUGCAUUGGGCACCAAUCCCCUGCUUCUCACCAUGGCUGCUCCCAUGGUCACCACCAUCAUCAUGACCAUGAAAACUCCCAUCAUCAUCAUCAUCAUAAUCAUGAUGAGAUUGAUCAAUCAGUUGAUAAGAGGAAGUUACUUCCAGAAGAGCUUGCUGAGGAAGAAGAUCUUAAAUUGUACGGUUUUGCAUCAGACAAUCAUCACCAUCAUCAUCACCAUGAAGAUCACCUUGAUGGGUCCCACUCGCAACUCUCCGGCAUUCGACUUUGGAUUAAUGCAAUGGGGUGUUCGCUUUUGGUGAGUUUGGCUUCUUUGAUCUGCUUGACCAUUGUUCCGAUUUUAUGUGCACAUGGUAAACCAUCCAAGGCGGUUGUUGAUGCAUUGGCGAUAUUUGGGGCUGGAGCUAUGUUGGGCGAUGCCUUUUUGCAUCAAUUACCUCAUGCUUUCAGUGGUGGCCACUCUCAUUCACAUGAUGAUCAUGCUCAUUUUGAAGAAUCACAUUCACAUUCUCAUGCUCAUUCUUUGAAAGAUCUCUCCAUUGGAAUCUCAGUCCUAUCUGGCAUUGUGGUUUUCCUGAUUGUGGAGAAGAUUGUUAGGUAUGUUGAAGAAAUUUCUGGGGGUCAUUCAGGGACUCAUGCUCACCAUCAUCAUCGCCAUAAUAAAAGCAGUAAAAAAGUUAAGGAUGAUGAUGAUAUUGAUGAGAAAUCGUCAGAAAAGCCAUCUAAAGAGAAAAUGUUGAAUGGAGCCGCUGAUGCUACUUCAAAGUCAAAGCAAGGUUCCGGGUCCCGAACGGAACUAAAAAAGAGAAAUAAAAAUGCCAACACCAAUGAUGACAAAUCGGAUAUAGAUGCUGCUGACAGGAAAGUGGGUGAAGCAAAGCCUACAAAACAACCAUCAAACCUGGUCUUUGGUUAUCUUAAUCUCUUCUCUGAUGCUGUGCAUAAUUUCACUGAUGGCAUGGCUCUAGGAAGUGCAUUCUUACUUUACGGAUCUGUUGGUGGAUGGUCUAGAACUAUUUUCUUGCUUGCCCAUGAAAUCCCUCAAGAGGUUGGUGAUUUUGGAAUCUUGGUACGAUCAGGUUUCAGUGUGUCAAAGGCCCUGUUAUUCAACUUCCUAUCAGCACUCGUAGCGCUAGCAGGAACAGCACUGGCUUUGCUUCUCGGCCAGGAUCCAGGACAGUCAUCUCUCAUCGAGGGGUUCACAGCUGGUGGAUUCAUCUAUAUCUCGGUUGCUGGGGUCCUAGCUGAGAUGAACAACAACGGGAGCCCCGGACUAAAAAGUAGUGUAAGCCAAUUGAUCUCACUCAUUUUGGGAAUGGCUGUUGCUCUUUGGAUAUCUCUGGUAGAAUGAAAAUCCUUGGGAAAAGAAUUUCCCCCUGUCCAGAAAUCGCGAAAACUAAAAUGGCAUUAUUUUUGGUUGUUUCUUUAUGAAUUUUGGAAGAUUGUAGUUUAGUGACCCAAUAGAAGAUUGGCAUAGAUGUGUUUCAAGAAGCUGCUAAUACAUCUUUUGCCUAUACUUAGGAUUAGAAAAAAAAUCAUAUUGAGCCAUUAAGGGAUCUCCAUGCAAUCAUCAAACGGCGAUGAUGGUUGUUAACUGCAGAUAAAUUAAAUGAUAAGAAGUUGGUUGUAUUUGUUUGUAUUCUUUGUAUGUAGUUUGCGGGCUAAUUCAUGGGUUGAGUGUACAUUAUGUUUGGUUUUAGUUUUGCAACAUGAAUGUCAUUUAGUAUGAUUGACAGUUUAA